UUGACUGCUGCAAAGCACGCGCGCGCCAACGCGACUGAAGCUGUGGGAACGACAGUAACAGAGACGCCGAUUGUAGACUCCAGCUUUGUAGGAGAGUUUGGACCGUCCCCGUCCCGUGAAAGUAGGAAGAGAACGUCAGUUGAUUCUGGUAGCACCACCCCGAGCACCAGUGCUGCUAAGUUCAGCCGGCGAGUAGUCCCCUUCAAAUAGAUCACACUCGGCAGCUUUAGACCCUCAGACUAGUAAGCACAAGGCACGCCCUUGCCUCUGAACAGACCCGCACACUCUUGGCGUUCAUUAGCGGCGUGCAUCAACCCCGCACGACCAGAAACCCGCCUCCCGGAGUUGAAGCGCCUAGGCCCGAUGCCAUCAGCAACCACGUCAGCACCUACGCCAUUAACCAUGGAUCCGUCUAACCUACGUCGUGCUCGUCAUCUAUUUCUCCUCCUGCUCCUCAGCUCGCUCCUUUCAGCCGUCCCCGCCUCUCGCGCACAGGAAGUCUCCAACUCUGACUUCCUCUUUCAGCUUACACCCAACUCGUUUCUCUUCCCAACUUCCAUCUUCACUCCCUCCUCCUCCUCCUCCUCCUCCUCCUCCUCCUCCUCCUCCUCCUCCUCCUCCUCCUCCUCCUCCUCCUCCUCCUCCUCCUCCUCCUCCUCCUCCUCCUCCUCGCGACUCGCAUCCGCGCGACAAUCCGGGAUAUUUCCCGGCAGCAACGGCGCAGAAAGCGCGGGAAGCACUCAAGCAGCGGCAUCGUCGGGCAAGCCCGUGAACCGCUUCAAGACAGGGCCCAUCCGGCGAAGCCCGUCGCCAACGCAACCGUCACCACGCCCCUCCCCCAAAACGUCCCCGCGACCCUCCCCCAAACCGUCUCCCUCCCCGUCGCCUAGGCCCCCCGCGACCCAGCCGGACCCGAUUCCGCCGGGGGGGGGCGAGUGGGCGGGGCCUGGGCGCGGGGCGGAGUAUCUGGUGAAGCUUCCGCCGCUUCCGCCCCGCCAGCAGUUUAACGUGCGGCGCUUCGGCGCGCUCGGGAACGGGGCGAAGGACGAAACCCGCGCGUUUGCCGCCGCGUUCGCCGCGGCGUGCUCGUUCGGCCGCGCGCAGAACCUGCCGACGGCGGUGAUCGUGCCGCAGGGGUGGUACGCCGUGACUUACCUCGAGAUGGAAGGACCGUGCGGCCCGGGCUUGGUUUUUAAGCUGGACGGCGUGAUCCUCGGCCCGACAGGCCCGUUCGUGGCGCCCGCGCGAGACGCGGUGCUCUCCUUCAGCUCCAUCCCGCGGCUCAUGGUGUCGGGGCGCGGCGCCGUGGACGGGCGCGGCGCGCAGUGGUGGCGCAUGUGGGAGGCGGGGCAGCUGCGCGUGGACCGGCCCAUGCUGAUGACGGUGUACCGCUGCAACAACUCGGUCAUCCAGGGCAUCACGCUGCGUAACCCAGGCACGAUUCAUCUCAAGAUUUCGCGAACGAUAGGCGCUGUGGUGAUCAACGUGACAACAACGAGCCCCUCCGACUCACCCAACACCGACUCCAUCCAUAUCUCUGCCAGUCGGGGUGUGACUGUAAAGAGAUGCACGCUGCACGGGGGAGACGACAACGUGGUGAUUGAAGCGGGGUCCAACAACGUGCGUGUGGAGGACACGUGGUGCAUUGCAGGCCAUGGAAUAAGCAUCGGCAGUCUAGGCGACAUGGGAUCCACAGCGUGCGUGCAGAACGUGGUGAUUAAGAACGUGGUUCUCAUGGCGCUCUCCAACGGGCUCAGAAUAAAGACGUAUCAGGGCGGCUCGGGGUCGGUCUCCAACGUGAGCUACAGGAACGUGUACAUGGUGAACGUUAAGAGGCCCAUAGUGAUUGACCAGCACUACUGCGAUCGAAACUCCGUGUCUCACUGCGAGGAAUCUUCCGACCAUGCCGUGGCCAUAUCUGAUGUCUCCUAUUCCAAUAUAAUCGGCACCACAGACUAUACGGAGGGCAUUUACCUCAACUGCUCGUCUACAGUGCCGUGCCGAGGAGUCACGUUCAAGGACAUCAACAUCACGCCUUCGGCCUCGCUUCGUGAGCCGCUAAGACCCAGGAUCGCCCAUGUGUUCGGCGGGAUACGGAACGUGGUGGCGCCGAAGCUGUUUCCGCGGCAGAUCCCCAUGGGGCCGGUGCCGUUGUAUCAGCAGGCAGCGGCACGACGAAUGGCCAGCCUGUGCCGGAUGGCGUAGCGUUUUUGAAAUCGACAGUAGGAUUUUCAACCUGUAAAACUUUUGGCCAGCUUAUGCUGCCCAACUAGUUAUGGGGCUUUGGGAGGGUACGAGGGUGCAAGACCCUUGUUGCAUUUUAGUGGAAAUGGACGUACAUGUACCAAUACUAAUGAAGAGGCUGUUAAUUUAUAUAUUUUGUUAUAUAAUUGGUAUACUUGGUAGGUUUUAU